GGGGGGGGGACUACGAGAUGAUGAGGAAACCUCUUACGUCUAGUUGGCUGGUAUUAAUACUAUUACGACCGACGGAAAGGCCAAGGGGAACGUCUGAGGUGGAGCAAGUGACCCCGGGAUGUCUACUGCCAUUACCACAAUAUAAUUCUCCGCGGGUAGACUUCUUUAGGCAUGAAAAAUAUGCAUUACCAAAUGGCGUCAGGCGUUUAAUGGACAUCUUGGUAGGCUAGUACUCACAAACAUCCGGGGCAGACGGGCGAGAUAAAAAUUUAGAUCAGGUAGUCAAAAAGAUAUUAUGAAUGAAUCGCACAAACCUCAUGCGCUAUCACUUUUA